AUGGCACAAGGAUUACCAGUUUUUCCCGCAUUUAGUGUAAACGAGCCUGGCAUAGACACAAGGUGGAAAAAAUGGACAAACCGUUUUGAAAAUCUUAUGAUUGGAAUGAAUAUCAAAGACAAAACGCGACAACGUGCAUUAUUUCUUCACUAUGCAGGGGAAGACGUCAACGACAUAUUUGAUACAUUGCAAGGCACCGGGGACGAUUAUGAAACCGCAAAAACAAAACUGACUGAAUAUUUCGCACCAAAAAAGUGCACGGAGUAUGAAAUCUUAAAAUUUCGACAGGCAAAGCAGGACUCGAGCGAAAACAUAGACAGUUUUCACACGCGAUUGAGGGCAUUAAGCAGAAAUUGCGAAUUUCCUAACACGGACAAAGAAAUCAAAUCACAAAUCAUUCAAGGUUGUACCUCCACACGGUUACGUAGAAAGGCUUUACGAGAUGAUCUGACGUUGGACAAUUUGAUAAAGGAAGCACGUGCCCUGGAACUAUCGGAUCUACAAGCGUCCGAAAUUGAGAACAAUUCAAAGAAAGAUGCAGUGAAUGUCAUGAAAUCGAAACACAAGUCAGCAUCAUCAAAACACAACUCUUAUCCGACCAGAAAGAAGGCAACAUGCAAAUAUUGUGGAUACGAAUACCCACAUCAAUCAGGAAAAUGUCCGGCGGACGGAAAGACGUGCACAUACUGCAAAAAGAAAGGUCAUUUUGAAAAAGUGUGCAGGUCCAAGCAGAGAAAUCGUAGGAAAAAUGUAAACAGAAUGGAUGAUGAAAGCUCUCAAAGCGAAACUGAAAGUGAAACUAGAAGCGAAAGUGAAAAUGAAAAUAGCAUAUUUGGAUUAUCAGUGAAUUCGUUGCAGUCAUCAAGACCUAAUUUGACCAUCCAAAUAAACGGUCAGUCUGUCAAGGCAUUGAUAGACACAGGGUCGUCUAUAAAUGUAAUUGAUGAAAGGACAUACAGCAAGCUAAAAAACAAAGUGACUCUCAGUAAGGUAGACACGAAAGUAUAUGCUUAUGGUGCUAAUAAAGUAGACUUAUUAGGAAAGUUCCAGGCGACAAUUGAAACCAAACACAAGAUCACAACAGCUCCAGUAUAUGUGGCAAAAGGUAAAAGUGGCAACUUGUUAUCUUAUUUGACAUCUGUUGAUCUCCAGGUUAUUCCUGAAAUAAGUGUCAUAACACAGAAUAAGCGAUAACUUUGCGAUAAAUAUGGAUCUGUCUUCAAGGGUAUUGGAAAAAUGAAAGACACUGAAGUAAAGUUGUAUGUUGACAAAAAUGUGCAACCUGUCACCCAGCCGCACAGACGCAUACCUUUUCACCUGAGAAAACAAGUUGAAGAUGAGCUCCAAAGGCUUGAAAAGUUAGACAUCAUUGAGAAAGUAGAUGGUCCGACAGAUUGGGUAUCACCGAUAGUGGUGGCUUCGAAGCCCAAAAGCAAAACAAACCAAAUAAGGAUUUGUGUUGACAUGAGAUUGCCUAAUCAAGCAAUAAAACGCACAAGACAUAUAAUUCCUACUAUUGAUGAUAUGAUCGUGGACUUAAGCGGUGCUAAAGUGUUCUCUAAAUUAGACUUGAAUCAGGGAUAUCACCAGCUGGAACUAUCAGAACAAUCACGAAACAUUACGACAUUCACCACACAUAUUGGACUGAGAAGAUACAAACGCCUAAGCUUUGGAAUAAAUAGCGCUGCGGAAAUUUUUCAAAACGCUUUAAGUACGACUCUAGAGGGAUUAGAUGGUGUGAAAAAUAUUUCGGAUGACAUAAUCGUAUAUGCUAGAAACCAAACAGAGCAUGACAGAAGGCUUGAAGCAGUCUUAAAGCGACUACAACAAAUGAACAUUACGCUAAAUAAAAAGAAAUGUGAAUUCAACCAGAACAAAUUAGAGUUCUUUGGAUAUGUAUUUGGUGAAGACGGCAUGUCGGCAGACCCAAAGAAGGUCGAAACCAUCAAGAACACACCACCACCCAAGAAUGUGCCAGAGGUGAGAAGCUUUUUAGCUAUGACAAAUUAUGUGUCGCGCUUCAUUCAAAAUUACAGCACAAUUGCAGAGCCUCUUAGACGCCUGAUAAAGAAAAACGCAAAAUGGACAUGGCAAAAUGAACAAGAAGAAGCAUUCCUUAAGCUGAAAUCGAUCCUCAGCAGUGAUACUGUCAUGACCUACUUUGAUCCUAAUAAGGAAACACAGAUCAUCACAGAUGCAAGUCCCGUUGGAGUAGCCGCAAUAAUGCUACAAGAAGGAAAAGUUGUGUGCUAUGCAAGCAGGUCAUUGACAGACGUUGAAAGAAAUUCAUAUUCUCAGCAAGAAAGAGAGAAUUUGGCACUAGUUUGGAGUGUAGAACAUUGGCAUAUAUACUUAUAUGGACACAAGUUCACUGUGAUCACUGAUGCGAAAUUCAUUGAAAAUAUCUACAGUAAUCCAAAGUCAAAAAUUGGAUCAGCAAGACUUGAACGCUGGAGAAUGCGACUAUUAUCAUACGACUUUAACGUCAUACAUAAAAGUGGAGAUUCAAACAUGUCGGAUUUCUUGAGCAGACACACAGACACAGGAAAACACAAACAAACAAGUGUGGCAGAGGAAUAUGUUAAUUUCCUGGCAUAUCAUGAUGUCCCUGUAGCCAUGAACAUGAAUGAAAUAAUUCAAGCAACAUCCCAGGACGUUGACCUCCAAAUGGCCAUUAAAUAUGUCAAAUCUGGAAACUGGAAUAACCCAAGCAAAAACAAAAUCAUUGAUACCCUGUCACGCUGCAAAAACGAGCUGUCGGUAGUAAAUCUUCAAAAUGGUGAAAUUCUGCUGCAUGAGUCCAGGAUUGUUAUCCCUAGGCAAUUACAAGAUAAAGUGAUAUCAUUAGCUCAUGAGGGUCAUCAGGGAAUUGUUAAAACCAAACAAUUAUUAAGAGAGAAAGUGUAUUUCCCAGGCAUGGAUCAAUUAGUAGAAGCAAAAUGCAAAAGUUGCAUUCCGUGUCUAGCAGCAACAAAUAAAAAGACUCAAGAACCGCUGCAAAUGAGUGAAAUGCCAAAAUAUGCGUUUCAGGUAGUUAGCUUGGACUUUUGUGGACCAUUUCCAGAUGGAAAGUAUUUACUCGUGCUAAUGGAUGAAUACUCACGUUUCCCGUUCGUUGAAGUACUUAAUUCAAUCACAGGCAACACAGUGAUUCCUGUGCUAGACAAAAUUUUCUCUGAAGCAGGGAUUCCAGAAGUGUUAAAGUCAGACAACGGAAGUCCCAUGAAUUCACACUAGUUCAAAGAUUUUGCUAAGCAUAUGGGUUUCAAACACAAGAAAAUAACUCCGCUGUGGCCGCAGGCAAAUGCUGAAUGUGAACGCUUCAUGAAAACAAUAGGCAAAACAAUCAGAGCUUCCCAUGUCCAUCAUUCUGAUUGGAAAAAAGACA